AUGGCUACUACAACAUUCGAUACUUUUACUGUAACUGGAGAAAAAAUGCUUCUCGAUGUGGUUUGGGAUACAUAUAACAAAACACUACAAGAAUAA